UGAGUUUGAGCGUCAUCUGUCAGCUCAUCGGCCGGUGGGAGCAGUUGCCGCAGGCAGGGGUCUGUCUUCUCUCUCCAAACCCGCACGGGACUCUUGACUGUACGGCACGGGGCGUGUAUGUUGAAUUAAGAGGUAAAUAAUAAGGUUGUGUAGGUUGAGGGGAUACUAAGCACCCCACGGAAGACGGUAAAAAUGACAGCGAUUGAAACGCAAGUGCAGUAUAGUUCUUACAUGACGACUACGACUGAGGAAUACAUGACCCAACAGGAUGACUGGGAUCGCGACCUGCUACUGGACCCGGCCUGGGAGAAACAACAGCGGAAGACCUUCACUGCCUGGUGCAACUCUCACCUGCGUAAGGCAGGGACACAGAUCGAGAACAUUGAGGAAGACUUCAGGAAUGGACUCAAACUCAUGCUGCUGCUGGAGGUUAUCUCAGGUGAGAGACUCCCUAAACCAGACAAAGGCAAAAUGCGUUUCCACAAAAUCGCCAAUGUAAACAAGGCCCUGGAUUAUAUCAGCAGCAAGGGAGUGAAACUGGUCUCCAUCGGUGCUGAAGAGAUUGUGGAUGGUAAUGUGAAAAUGACCCUCGGCAUGAUCUGGACCAUCAUCCUGCGCUUUGCAAUCCAGGACAUCUCAGUGGAGGAGACCUCUGCUAAGGAGGGCUUGCUGCUGUGGUGUCAGAGGAAGACUGCCCCCUACAGGAAUGUCAAUGUGCAAAACUUCCACAUCAGUUGGAAGGAUGGCCUGGCUCUCUGUGCCCUCAUCCACAGACACAGACCUGACCUCAUCGACUACUCCAAACUGCGCAAGGAUGAUCCUACUGGCAACCUUAACACUGCUUUUGAGGUAGCAGAGAAAUACCUUGACAUCCCCAAAAUGCUUGAUGCAGAUGACAUCGUGAACACUCCGAAACCUGAUGAGAAGGCUAUCAUGACCUAUGUGUCAUGUUUCUACCAUGCUUUCGCUGGAGCAGAGCAGGCUGAGACAGCAGCUAACAGGAUCUGCAAAGUGCUGGCUGUGAACCAGGAAAAUGAGAAGCUGAUGGAAGAAUAUGAGAAACUGGCCAGCGAGCUUCUGGAGUGGAUCCGUAGGACCAUCCCCUGGUUGGAGAACCGCACGGCCGAGCAGACCAUGCAUGCCAUGCAGCAGAAGCUAGAGGAUUUCAGGGAUUAUCGACGUGUGCAUAAGCCACCAAAAGUUCAGGAAAAGUGUCAGCUGGAGAUCAACUUCAACACCCUACAGACCAAGCUGAGGCUCAGCAACAGGCCUGCCUUCAUGCCCUCUGAGGGCAAAAUGGUUUCAGACAUUGCCAAUGCCUGGAAGGGUCUGGAGCAGGUAGAGAAGGGUUACGAGGAAUGGCUGCUCACAGAAAUCCGUCGUCUGGAGAGACUGGACCACCUGGCCGAGAAGUUUAAGCAGAAGUCUACCUUGCACGAAUCGUGGACCACAGGAAAGGUGGAGCUGCUUUCUCAGAAAGACUACGAGUCAGCCUCUCUCAUGGAGAUCCGUGCUAUGAUGAGGAAACAUGAGGCCUUUGAGAGCGACCUGGCUGCCCACCAGGACAGAGUGGAGCAGAUUGCUGCCAUUGCACAGGAGCUCAAUGAACUGGACUUUUAUGAUGCUGCAACCAUCAAUGCCCGAUGCCAGGCCAUCUGUGACCAGUGGGACAACUUGGGCACCCUGACCCAGAAAAGGAGAGAAUCACUGGAGCGUGUGGAGAAGCUUUGGGAAACAAUUGACCAGUUGUACCUGGAGUUCGCCAAGCGGGCAGCUCCAUUCAACAACUGGAUGGAUGGAGCUAUGGAAGAUCUGCAAGACAUGUUCAUUGUUCACAGUAUUGAGGAGAUUCAGAGUUUGAUCACAGCCCAUGACCAAUUCAAGGCCACCCUACCAGAAGCUGAUAAGGAACGCUUGGCCAUCAUGGGCAUUCAUAACGAGAUCCUGAAGAUAGCUCAGACAUACGGGAUCAAGGUAGUGGGCGAGAAUCCUUACACUGUCCUUUCUCAUCAGGAUAUUAGCAACAAAUGGGAAGCUGUGAAACAACUGGUCCCAAUGCGUGACCAGACAUUGCAGGAGGAAGUAGCCAGGCAGCAGUCCAAUGAGAGGCUGAGACGCCAGUUUGGUGCUCAGGCCAAUAUCAUUGGACCCUGGAUUCAGACCAAGAUGGAGGAGAUCAGCCACGUGUCAAUUGAUAUUGCCGGUUCUCUAGAAGAACAGAUGAGCAAUCUGAAAACAUAUGAGCAGAACAUCAUUAAUUACAAAUCCAAUAUUGACAAACUGGAAGGAGACCACCAGCUCAGCCAGGAGAGUCUUAUCUUUGACAACAAGCACACUAACUACACUAUGGAGCAUGUGCGUGUGGGAUGGGAGCAACUCCUCACCACUAUUGCCCGCACCAUCAACGAGGUUGAGAACCAGAUACUGACCCGUGAUGCCAAGGGCAUCAGUCAAGAGCAACUCAAUGAGUUCAGAGCCUCUUUCAACCAUUUCGACCGGGUUAGUUUCGACAUGGAGUCUUUAGUUUCAUCUUUGAAUAAGCAAAGUUAUGCAACCUUAUCCACUAACUCUAAAAAUAAACACUGUAUUUUUUUGUAUUUGCAGAAGAGAAAUGGCAUGAUGGAUCCUGAUGACUUCCGUGCUUGCCUAAUUUCUAUGGGUUAUGAUCUAGGUGAAGUUGAAUUUGCACGCAUUAUGACUCUAGUGGACCCCAACAACACAGGAGUUGUCACCUUCCAGGCAUUUAUUGACUUCAUGACCAGAGAGACAGCCGAGACAGACACUGCUGAGCAGGUCAUGGCCUCCUUCAAGAUCCUGGCUUCUGACAAGUCGUACAUUACAGUGGAGGAGCUGAGGAGGGAGCUGCCCCCAGAACAAGCCGAAUACUGUAUCAGCCGCAUGACCAAGUACAUUGGCGGUGAUGCUCCCCCAGGCGCCCUGGAUUAUAUCUCCUUCUCUAGUGCCCUGUAUGGAGAGAGCGAUUUGUAGAGCCCUUCCUGACAUGUACACCACCCACAACAUCCCUUACACCCUUCUCCUAAAUUCAUAAAACCCUUAAAAAUCUAACUCCAGGAACAUUUUCAGAUGUAAUGGAUAGCUUUGCUGCAGUGAUUUAGUCCUGUAUGUCACCAGUUAAUAUCCUGUGGCACCCAUCAGUUGCUGUCUGAUCUUGUUAGUGGUCCAUCUCUUAUGUUUUGAAAAGUUGUCUCACAAGCCAAUAGGGAUCGAGGAGUACAAAAACCUGGCAGAAUAUAGUUUUUCACAAUGUCACCAUUCAUUGUAGACAUCUGCUCCCCCUUCAUACAAAUGGCUUACAUUUUGGAGGAAGAAAAAUAAAGUAGCCUAAAAAAAUAUA